AUGUACUUAGCGUAUCUGACUACCGGAGAUACAUUUUAUACAAUAGGCCAUAGUUUUAGAGUCGGGUUUUCGACUGUAAGUGCCAUAGUUGUAGAAGUUUGUGAAGCUUUAUGUAGAAAUUUGCAACAUAUUUACUUGCCCGAACCAACUACAGAAAUAUGGAAAAAAUCUGAAGAAGGUUUUAGAAAUACCUGGCGAUUCCCAAAUUGUAUUGGUAGCAUCGAUGGCAAGCAUGUUACCAUCAAGUGUCCAGACAAAACAGGAUCUAAUUAUUGGUGUUAUUUGAAUAAGUUUUCUACAGUAUUAAUGGCUAUUGUUGCCCCAGAUUAUAGAUUCAUUUCAGUUGAUAUUGGCGGUUUUGGUAAAAACAGCGACGGUGGAAUAUUCGAAGCUUCCAACAUGGGAAGAAGAUUUGAAACAAAUCAGAUGGGUGUACCUGAGCCGAAAAAUCUCCCAGGCCAGAAUGAACUUUCCCCCCAUGUCUUAAUUGGAGACGAAGCCUUUGCACUAAAACCAUACUUGUUGAGGCCCUUUCCAUACAGUCAAAGCAGAACAGAUAUUUUCAAGGAAAAUUAUAAUGUGAGGCUCUGUAAAGCGAGAAGAGUAGUAGAAAACGCUUUCGGAAUAUUGGCACAAAAAUGGCGUAUAUUCUACAGACCAAUGGAAACAAAAAUUGAUACUAGUAUUCUCAUUGUGAAAACUGCAUGUAUUUUGCAUAAUUUUCUAAGGACAAAAAAAUGUGAUGAUAGAUUCAUAGAACUUUUAGAUCCACCAGAGCCUGAACUUGGAGCAUUUCAAAAUUUGGACAAUGACCCAAGGAGAGCUGCAAGACUGGCAUUUUCUGUUCGAGAAAAAUUUGCCACGUAUUUUAAUUCAGGACUAUGAAUAAAUUGUUCACGAUGAAAAUAAUGGACUCUUCUUGCAGUAAAUAUAGUAUUGUUUAGGCCUCUGCUUUUCUUUAGUCUUAGAUGUAGAAAAAUAAACCAAUACAAAUCGUAAAACUACUCACCA